AUGGGCUAUAACCUGCCAUUCGACCCUCAUUCACCAAGUGAUGUCAGCAGAUAUGCCUCUGUUAUGCGAUCACAUCUCCAGGUAGCUCGGCAAGAUCCUCUUCGUACAGGAUUAACCUUCACUGUCCGUCUUGCUGCCCCAGAAUUACCGGAUACAGAUGAUGACCGUCGGGAGCUGCCCCCUCAAUCUGUUUUUGAGGAGACUGUCUGGGUCCUGCAAGCCUCACUCCAAACAGGUCCCUGUUACAGCUCUCAGGUCUGGCUAGCCCGUCCGCAGAACACCGCAAUCACAUUCACCGUUGUGAAGUUCAAAUUUGUGGUCCCCUCUCGCCUCCAGAUCCCGGACCCGGACACGGCAGCUUUCCGCCAGUACUGGACCUCCGAAGAGAUUGUCAAGAAUCAGUUCUUAGCAUACCAGAAGCUGAUUACAUUUCAAGGCAAAGAAAUACCUUAUUGCUAUGGACAGCAUGAGGUAGAAAUGCCAUGGAUGAGAUGGCACAUCUGA